AUGUCCAUCCCGACAAGUUUGUGCGUUUGUUUGUUCCUGCUGGUUUCAGUGCAGUGCUCCCUAAGUCCUGCUGAUUCGGCAGGAUUAGGCGGGACUUUUCGGGAUUGUUUAGUAAGUCAACCGCAGUCUCUUGGUCAGUGCAUGGCCGUUGGAGCAAUUAGCAGGUUGCAGGAUUUGGAUGCCAAUCCUGAGUUCGAUCUGGUCGAUGGGGUAACCUUGGUUAAGGAUAACACCCAGGAGUACAGAGAGGAUUAUAAUUUUGCGGGUACAGAUACCUCAAGUUUCAGGAGCAUAAUGGACACAUUCAACCACGUCUUCUCGAACCGCAACACGCAGUUCAGCAUGGACUUUUUGUAUCCCGGGCUGGGUAUGCAGCUGGCGCCAUCUAGCACUCCGGGCGGCGUACUGGAAUUCGUGCUCGAUCCGCAACGCGAAGCGGCCAACGCUUACUCGCUGAAAGAAGCAGGAACCGGUACCUUAUUAGCUAGACAGUUCGUUCUGCCCUUUAUCCUUGGUCUUAAGUUUAAAGUUGCCACAAUUUUACCAAUUCUAUUUGGCAUUUUGGCUUUACUGGCCAAAAAAGCUAUUGUGAUCAGUAAAUUGGCUUUGGUGGUGAGUAGUGCGUUUGGACUUGGAACAUUGUUGUUUGGUGGUGCUGGGGCUAGCGCUGCAUCACAUUCCGGAUCAGGAGUUUCACUAGGAUACCAAGGACAAAAUCAUCAUCACAGUCAACAUUUUAACCCUGGUUUUGGAGGGCAUAAGUACCAUGAUGAAGAUAUAAACAUCCAAAACAUCGCCUAUAGAGGGGCUGUAAAUACGAAAGACCAAUUCAGGUAUUCUGAUGACGUAUCGGAAAGGGAGGAAAAAAGUAAAGGAAGAAAUUUCGCUUGGAGUGAAGACGACAAAGUUAAAAAAGUUACUGCUAAUUAG